GAUCCCCGGCCCUAAAACCCAGGUGCUAGGGAAGGGGGCGGGACGCAGCCAAUACACCCGACCAGAGCCAGAGCGCGUAUGCCACAUAAAAUAGUUUGAUUACCCUAUAUGUAUAUGAGUAGACGAUUGUCAUAUUAGCGUGCUAUAGCCCCUCGCUAGCUACUAAGUAAUAAUCGUUAACGAUGGGUACAUCGCCUAUCCCUUUCACAACUCAAGUGCUUAAGUCACGAGAGGAUUCUAGCGCGUCGCAACAGGCAUCAGACUUCAAUUCUCUACUUCCGGCUUCGCAUCGUACAGAACAUGACCAUAUAGCUGUCCCUGACCUGGGGACGAGCUUCCUCAAGCGGGAACUCCUUGUCAAAAGGUUGAAUGAUAUACAAGAUUGGCUUUGGAUAUGUGGUCGCCCAAUGCCUCCUCGGCCAUUACAUCACCAAAUUCUCCUCUCAAGAGAGAUCGCCAUCAGCGAAAAUCCGGAACUCCAUCUCGUAUGGUCAAAGAAUCGCAUAUUCUUGAAACCUAUUCCUCCAUAUCUCUUUGAGCCUGAUUUCUGGGCCGCUCACAUUAUCCAUGACGACGAACUCACUAAAUGCGCUCGGGGCUACCUUUUCUCUUACACCGCUCUCAUCGCGUACCAGAGCGACUUCCGCAUCGCGAAAGAGAAAGGGUUGUUGCCCUAUUAUAUCGAAUGGGAGGCAUGGAAGGAUUUCACUAAGGAGAUCCUACAAGGCCACGACUAUGGAUCUGUCAACCCACGGUACUGGUACGGCGAGCUCCGGCUAAGCCGGUUGAACAAGGUCUACCGAAUACAGAAAGGCUUCAUCUUACGCGGCUACUCCAAGAUCGCAGCCCAUACCGUUUACGGCGAUUUAAUUCGCGACAACUUCGCCGCCCUAGCGACCAUUCUCGGAUACGUCGUCAUUGUGCUAACGGCGAUGCAAGUCGGCCUGGGGGUAGAAAGACUACAGGAAGACGAGGCGUUCCAGAACGCGAGCUACGGAUUCACAGUGUUUUCGAUCAUCGCACCGUUGGCGGCAGGCAUGGGCAUCUUUUUAUUGGUUCUAGUUGUUUUUAUUAGCAAUUGGAUCGUCACGAAGGACUACGAAGUGAAGAGGUUCCAGGAGAUGGGAGUGGAACCAUUCUGGAGAGAAGGAUAUAAGAGAGAGAAGACCCCGUCAUCCACGAUCAGGAAUCCAACCAUCUCUAACGAGCGGGAAGUCUAAUAUUGGUUCCCAGAUAUGAAUAAUGUAUUCAGCGAGAAGUAUGUUUACCAGUUCACGACAAGAUUAUUUUCAAUAUACCCCUUGUUUGGAUAUCUAUUCCCGGCUUAACCCCGCCAUCACGGUUUCUUCCGAGGGCUAAAACCCAAAGCCCCUAUAUUUAAUCAUCUCUCAACAGCGUUCGUUAAGGGUACCUAAUGGAGAUGAAGAAACAGGUAGUCUUAAUAUAAGUGAUCAAUUAUAUGAUGCGACUGUACUUCAAAUAGGAUUGAAUGUAUGUAUGGCAAAGUUAAACCGCCACUCCAUGCACCAUCAAAUUAGAAUCGAGUAAAUGGCAGC